AUGAAAAAAGCGGCAGGAAUAUAUCGUGGAGCAUCUGAAGGCGAUGAAAAUCCUGGAGGCAGCAUAAGAGAUGUACCUGGACCUUUCUCUUGGCUCGCCGCUGAGCGUGGGUGGGGAGGUGCAUGGGCUGGAUCUGGGUCUUGGUCGACCGAGAAUAGACUCGCACAUGUGCUUCCAGAUAGAAUUCUGCCACGAUACCUAUUUGUCAGGUUGCUGCCAGCUUUGUUAACGGCUCCAAUCCCUCUUUUUUCGAAAGGGUGUCCAGCAUUGCUUCGAGACCGAAUUCUGUGCUCGGGAUACCCUCCGCAUGCUUCACUGACCGGAUGUAGUUGGCAGGUGACAACAUGCUGCUUGUUUGUGAGCUGCCUCAUAUCUUCCUCGGACUGGGGGGAGAAAUCGGUCAUCAGAAGUUGGAUGACCGGCAGAGGAUCAAUAGGCCUUCGACAUUUAUCUCCGAAUCCGCAGGCACGAGCAGCAAUGGGGUGUUGGCGCACAAACAAGCGGAGGCGUGAACGAAACGGCGCGCUUGAGUCUGUUUUUGGUGGUGGUGGCGGUGGUGGCUGUGGGUGCAACAGAUUCCCAAAGCCCGAAGGCACAGAAGUAGACAUGGGAGUGCUGGUAUAA